GAAUGUUUCGAGGCGGUGAACGAGAUCGAUUUGCGGUAAUCGAGCGGACGUCGAAAAUCGGGGGUGCUUUGUUAGUUACGCCGAAGACUAAAACGGAAUUAAGGGUGGACCUUGUAUUUCUCUCCGUCUCUCUCUCCCUCUCGUCACUUGUUCCAUUGGAAUGAACGUUAACCACGAAGCUACUAAUUGAAGACUGAUUUGCCAUGGAAGGGUUGAAAAGCAGACUUAAAAGUAUCUUUUUAACAAAGAAAAGGGAAUUUCCUCCGUUAACUUAAUUCUUAAACAGGUCGUAGAUCAACUACCCUAUCUACACAUUUAUUCGCAUAUACCAAUGACAAAUUGUCUCAUUUUCAGCUAAUACUUCCUCAAGAUCGGAAAUAAAUUUACAGUAAAAACAGUGUGUCACAAUUUUUCAAUCAAUUUGGAACAUAUGUCACUUUUGAAAAUGAGAUUGUUCGUAUUUUGUAUACUGUACUUCAACGUUUUUGGGUAUAAUCAUUCGGAAAUCGUUAAAAGAACUACGAGAAUAAUUUCUUUUAGGAAGGGCAGCACUUUUUUUUACAGAAUGAAUUAUAAGAUAACAUCGUUCCCGGAGAAAACACCGAUUUUCGCUCAGGCUGCUGGUUUCAAAGUCGCAUGGGAAUUGCCAACAAAUAACGUCUUGGACAAUCGCGUUGGCAGAUCCCUCGCGGAGAUCCACAAAUCCGCGAAGCUAGUUUACCAAAGUCACGGAUUUGAUGGGCACUCUUGUCUCUUGAAGAACAUUUGCCAUAUUUUAGAGUACGUUAAACGAAAUGACGGCGUUAUUGCGAAGAUAUUGAAAUUAUUCGUCGGGUAAGCGUUUCGCAUAUUAAUAUCAAUUACACGUCUCCGGUAUUAAUCACGUUCCGUUUUCAGGCCGUACAUUAAUAACGACACGUCGACCAAUCCUGGAUCGUCGGAUUUCUGUCGCGUUCAUCUAGAAAAUUGUCCAUUACAAUUUCAAGGGGUCAACGCUUUUUCCGACAAAAUUUACGAUCUUUGAUAAUGUUAUUUCUAAAUCAAGAGGAUUCUACAUUUACGAUUUUUUACUUUAUUCUAUUUCGAAAAUAUAUUCAAGAUAGAUUACUAUAAUUAC